GAUGUGUUCAUUGAAGAUGGUGGCGGUGUGUCAGACUCACUGUCCUGCACAUUUCGUCGCCUGACUUCAGUCUCUUCAGCUACGUCUUCGAGAGUGACCUGGUCCUCGGGCCUUUUAGCUCCACAGCCAUGCAGCCCCCUCCUCGGACUGGCCCUCCAGGAGCCUCUGGCGGCCCUCCAGGAGCCUCUGGUGGCCCUCCUCCUCCUUCUGGGUCCAAUAUGUUCCGCAGGACCAGGCCUCUCAAGCACUCGGCAGCAGCUACUGCCCCAAUGGCACCUGCUACUCAACCCAUGACAAACCCUUUUGCUUUUGUUAGAGCUCCUCCCCCUAUGGCUGCAGGUGGUCUCCCAACAAUUCCUAACAGCAACCUUCCACCAAUGCAGGCCCCACCAAACACCAUGUACUCGCAGGCUGGCUCAGCGCUUCCUCCACAACCGCAGACUCUGGAGGGGGCCUCAGCCGCUCCCCCACCAGGGGGACUCUGUCCAACGGGGGUGACUCUGGUCAACCCUCACUGUAGCAGCCCCGGUGUUUACUCAGCGCCCGGCCCGGCAGGAUAUGCAACCUCACACAGUGAACAGGGCUAUUUUAAUUCAACGGAUCAGACACCAUCUAUGGCCGCGGAACCUCCGCACACAGCGGCAGCCCCCGCAUCCAGUCAGACACCUUUUAACCAGGAGUAUCAAGGACGGCCCCCUUCUCAGCCUGUCCCCUUCCAGCCGGUGCCUCCCACCUCCUCCUAUUCCCAGUGGGCCCCUGAUCACGGGAGUCGCCCUCCGUCAGUGCAGAACUAUUUCCAGCCUACUAGCGACCCACCGCCACAACAUUUUAAUUUACCUCCGCAGACCCAGAUGUACCCUUCCCACACCCCGUCACCUCAUCACAAUGCCCCCACCCCUCCGACACAACCUGCGCAUCCCCAGUCUCAAGCUCCGUUUCCUCCCCAGAACCCUGUAAACCCCCCCAGCUCUCAAUGGCCCGACCCAAAUGCACCGCAGCAGCAUAACUCUCACUUCCAAACUCAGACCUACUUCAGUCAGAGCUCUGCCCCCCAGGACUUGUGGUUCAACAUGCCUCCGCAGGACUCAGGCUACCACCAAAUGGGGACCGGCCUGGCCCAUCCACAGCCCCAGCCCGAGUCUGCUGCAUCUCAACAUGCGUCCAACACUGGGGCUAGUUCUGCUCCAGUUGCAUACUCGCAGGAGUCCGGUUCCCUCUCGAUGUUCUUCAAAGACAGCGAUGUGGAAAAUGAAGAAAGUCUGGCUGGGGAUAGAAAUAAAGCUGUAAACGGUAUUCCUGGAUCCUCGCAGCAACACAGCCACCCCGGGCAACCAGAUGCUCCUCUGCAGGAUCACUCACACCUACCAUACAUGAACGAAGGCAGCCACGCACCACAAGCCAGUGCCCAGAAGCCCCCUGAUCCACAGUAUGACCACGUGGAGAAUUUGGAGUGUGUCCCAAACCAGGAAGUACUACCCAGUGAAAUGCAUGGCAGCCCCCCCGUUGCCAUUGCUGCGGCCCAGGGAGUAGACCAGUAUGAAACUGGGCCAAACCUGGAGACUCCAGAUUCGAUUCCACGUCCCAUUAGAUCUGCCAGUGUGUCCUCCAACUACAGCAACAUGAGCCAUGGCAGUGGGAGCGGGACCCGCCGGCCUCAGGGGGUUGUGGGAACCUUUAUCCAGCAGGAGAUUCCUCGUCUCACUGAGGACGCUCACCUGCCUGCUGCCACCGGAGGCUACUUUGAGCAGAUUGACUCUUCCCCAGCUGCAGCUAUGGUUGCACCUCAGAGCCCCCAUGAGCAGAUGUGGGCCCCCACACCCAGCCCUCCCAAACCAACCGGCAUCUUCCAGGCCAGCGCCAACAGCUCCUUUGAACCUGUGCGCUCACAUGGAGUAGGGGUGCGCCCUGCUGAGGUUGACAGGGCUAACGUGGUAGCGGAAGGCGGGGCUGAUGCUGCGUCUGGAAACCUGGAGCAGCCGCCGGAUAAUAUGGAAAAUAUUUACGGCCAAGGACAUCCUUCGCCUGCUGGGCCUGGAAGUGGUGUUCCUCAUCUUCCUCACCCAGUGCUCCAUCCUCACUCUCGACCUUCAUCCCGGGCUUUUGGCGCCAGUAGGCCCUGUGAGAGCCCGGCCACCACUCUGUGGGCCCCGCAUGAUCCUGCUAGCUUGGGCGCUAACAUUAUCCUGGCCCCCGCUGCCCCCACAGUUCUCGCCCCUUUACGAGAGCCCAGUGCGGACGUGAUCCAACCUCCAGAGGACGGCCCUCUGGACCUGCAUCCCCUGCAGAGAACCCAACCACAGCAGCACUCAGAAAACCUCGAGAACCCCCCACAGGUGAGUGAGGUGGAGCCAGCUGACCCUCAUGGCAACCUGGGCUAUGCUUCUCUCCUUGUGGCCGACUCGAUCCAGCAGCCGGUUUUGAUUGCCCCGCCUGUGUCCAGUUACGGCGUAAUUCCCCCCAGUACCACUGCUCAAGCACCAAGCCUUAGGGAGACCACCCCCCCUGUUAGACCACUCCCACAGGGACAGGGUGCCAGUAUCUCCCAACCACCUCCAGUGACCUCUAAUCAGAAUCCAUUGUUCACGCCUGGACCUUUAAGCUUCUAUCCUCCAACUUCUAACCAGGGCCCGCUCAAUCUGACACGAGACUAUGCCGAGCCGGUGACGUCAGACCUGCCUCAGUCUCUGCCUGCCCGCCCUCCUCUCUCAAGGAGCCAAUCAUUUGUUGGAGAAAGCUACUCUGCUCUCCAAAUUAAUCCACAAGCUUCUCUGGCGGCCGAUCCUGUCUCUAAUCAUAAUCAGCCUUCAAAUUACGAACUGCUUGAUUUUUCUAUGCACCAAUCACAAGCUCCACACCAAGCCCCUCAGCACGAGUCUCCACAGUCUAGUAAUGGAUUUUACCUACAGGUCACCAAAGACGCUCAGCAAGGAGGAAGAGCGAUGGGGAAUGUCCCGGUCCAGAACCCCGCCUCUUCUUCUUCUUCUUCUACCCCACAGGUACCACCGGCUCCCCCUCAAGCAGCUGCAAACAUCCAGCCUCCUCCAGCUGAAGCUCCACAAACAUCUCAGGCUGCACUGCCGGGACAAAAUUAUGCGGCUCCUGUUCCUGUGAGUGCAGCACCCCCUUCCCAGGACCAGUAUCCACCUCCAGCACAAGCACCUGCUGCAGGUAGGGCUCCUCCCCCUGCGGAUACAUACCCUCCCGGGCCUCGAGGACCUGCACCUCCAGUAGCUCCCCAGCCUGCCCCUGGUGAGCCCCCUCGACCCCCCUCCUCUGCAGGCAGCCAGCAAGGCUAUGGGCCCCCUGCUCCUCCAGGGCCAGGGCAGAUGUAUGGUGGCUAUUAUGGUAAUUAUGGGGAAUACCCGGAUGGCAGAGCACCUUAUCCUCCUGGCCAGUACCCACCUCCACCACCCGGGGAUCCUAGAGCUCAGCAAUAUUAUCCAGAUGGUUCAUACAGGGGCAGAGCAGAUCCGUGGUACGGCAGAUAUGACGCACAGACGGCAGCCUAUCGGGAUCCAAACUACCAGUACAGAGAGCCUCCGCCGGAGAGACCCAGCUCUAGAGCCAGCCAGUACUCCGACCGCUCCUCAUCCAGGCAAGGCUAUCCUGAAGCAAACCAAAGUGCAUACAAUGAAUAUUAUGCAGAGUACGCCAAGCACUAUGAUUAUGGAGCGUACAACUAUGGAGCGUAUGACCCGCGAUACCGAGGAUACUAUGAUCAGGCCUACUGGGCUAAUUAUGAUGAAAGCUACAGAGGCAGAGAAAACUACUAUAAUCCCCAACAACCGUACCCUGCCAGGAAGGAGGGCUACGAGGAUCAGUGGCGGUACUACCCCGGUUAUGAUGCCAGUUUUGAUGAUGAUUACCGUCGCCGUGGAGAAGCGUACGGGGAUGAUUUCGACCGGCGCAGUGUUCACAGUGAGCAGUCGGCGCACAGCGUGCACAGCGCCCACAGCAACACCAGCCGGCGGAGCAGCUUCAGCUCGCGGUCACAGCAGAGCCAGGUGUACAGAAGCCAGCCUGACCUGGUGUCAGCUGUGUAUGACACCACAUCUUCCACUCUGGCUGUGGACUACUCCUACGCACAGUACCAGAAUAAGGCCGAUGCCACACAGAACUACAGCGGGUACCUCUACCCCUCUGAGUACAACGAAGACAGCACCUGGACCGCCCCCGAGCAACCUCCUCCUCGUCCUGCAACCCCAGAAAAGUUCAGCAUGCCCCACCGCUGUGCCCGCUUUGGACCCGGUGGUCAUCUGGUCCAAGUCCUGCCAAAUCUGCCCUCAGCUGGACAGCCUGCUCUCGUUGAUAUCCACAACCUGGAGACGAUGCUGCAAGAUACCCCUGAACAGGCAGAACUGCGAGCUUUCCCCGGCCCUCUUGUGAAGGAAGAGACUCAUAAGGUGGAUGUGAUCAAGUUCUCUCAGAACAAAGCGCUGGAGUGCGCUCGAGACAACAACCUCCUGGAUCGGGACUCUGCCCGCCUGCUGUGGGAGUUCAUUAUGCUGCUCUGCAGACAGAACGGGACGGUGGUCGGCACGGACAUCGCUGACCUCCUGCUGAAGGAGCAUCGCUCCGUCUGGCUCCCGGGGAAAAGUCCCAACGAAGCCAACCUGAUAGAUUUCAACAACGAGCCGCUGGCCCGAGCCGAGGAGGAGCCGGGAGCCGGGCCGCUGUCCCUCCUCUCCGACACUUUCAUGAUCGUCCCAGAAAACCUGGGCAAGGAAACGGAACGCUUCAGAGAGCUGCUGCUGUUUGGCCGCAAGAAGGAUGCACUAGAAGCAGCUAUGAAGGGGGGCCUCUGGGGCCACGCCCUGCUGUUGGCCAGUAAGAUGGACAACAGGACACACGCACGCGUCAUGACGAGGUUUGCCAACAGUCUGCCCAUCAAUGACCCCCUGCAGACGGUGUACCAGCUGAUGUCAGGGAGGAUGCCGGCCUCAGCCACUUGCUGUGGAGAGGAGAAGUGGGGAGACUGGCGCCCUCACCUGGCCAUGGUGCUGUCUAACCUCACACACACUCUGGACCUGGAUACCCGCACCAUAAGCACCAUGGGAGAUACUCUGGCUUCCAAGGGGCUGAUCGAUGCGGCUCAUUUCUGCUACCUGAUGGCUCAGGUGGGUCUGGGAGUUUACACAAAGAAGAGCACUAAGUUGGUUCUGAUUGGCUCCAACCACAGUUUGCCCUUUUACCAAUGUGCGACCAAUGAAGCUAUCCAGAGGACGGAGGCUUAUGAGUACGCUCAAUCUCUGGGCUCCCAGCCCUGCUUACAACCCAAUUUCCAGGUGUUCAAGUUGAUCUAUGCAUGCCGCCUGGCUGAAGCCGGUCUGAGUGCUCAGGCCUUCCACUACUGUGAAGUUAUUUCUAGGACUAUCCUCAUGCAGCCUUCCUUUUACUCUCCUGUGUUCAUAAGCCAAUUAAUACAGAUGUCAGAAAAGCUGCGAUUCUUCGAUCCACAACUGAAGGAGAAGCCUGAGCAGGAGCUGUUUGUGGAGCCUGGAUGGCUGAGCCACCUCAGGCAGCUGGACGGGCAGAUGAGGACGGGGGUGAUGACCUACAGUGAAGACCGAGCCCCUUCCUCUCAGUACGACUGCAGUAGCCCCAGCUCUGACCUGGACCAGCUCAGUCCGUCAGAACCGUACAACAUGCCGGUUGAGAUGGACGGCCCCGCCCCUGACAACCAGUUGAUGAGCUCUUUACUACCCGGGCCCCCGCAGCAGGGAGUUCAGCUGAUGCCUCCAGCUCCCACCUCUAUCCUCCAAGACGGGAUGGCCCCUCCUCAGCAUUUGCAAUCCAACGAUGUUCCCCAGUUCUACCCGGUCCCCCCCAGCAGACCCCAAGGCCAGAUGCCCGCUUCCCCAAGCUACACUCUGCAGGACCCCGGCUUCGCCCCCCUUCCCUUCCAGCCUCAGCCUGAGCAGAUAGAGAUGUUCCCGGGGGCCCAUCAGCAGCCCCUGCCUCCUCAAAUGUACCAAACGUCCCCACAUGUACCGCACUCCCCCAUACAGAUGAACCCCCUGCCCCUGCAGAUGCCUCAGCACAUGCCCCCCUCUCCUAUGCACAUGCCCCCCUCUCCUAUGCACACGUCCCCUGUGGAACAGAUAACUCAUAACCUCCCCGAGAUGCACCAAAUAUCCUCCUCCCCCCCCCGGAGCUCCUUCACCCCACAGAGGGACUUCUACGACCAAAUGGCGACAAUGGGUCCAGGGAGGAGGUCCAGGACGGUUUCACAGUCUUCAAUGCAUAUGCCUCCGGGGCGUCGCUCUCGCACCACCUCUGAGUCUUCCACCCACUCUGGAGGAAGAGACCGGAGCAACUCGGCUGUGAAGCAGGCCUCUCCUCCCCCACCCUCCAUCCCUGAACAGCCCCGCAAAGAGGAGGCCAAGAGAGCCAAGAAGAACUCCCCGAAGAAGGGGGGAGGUGGUGGAGGAGUCGGUGGCUUGCUGAGCUGGAUCAUUAGGAAGGGGAAGAACGAGGCUCACCUGCCAGACGACAAUGACAAAUCUAUCGUUUGGGACGAGCAGAAGCAGAGAUGGGUCGACAUAAACGAGCCUGAAGAGGAGAGGAAGCCCCCUCCUCCUCCCCCCUCCUGCUUACCCAAGAUGCCUCAGAUGCCUGGGCCCACCUCCCCACCGAGUGGGGGUCCGCCUGUAAACAUGUUCUCCAGGAGGGCAGGCACAAAGAGCAGAUAUGUGGAUGUUCUGAACCCCAGCAGAGCUGCUCAACCUGGAGGAUUAGCCCCCGCUCCUGCAGACAUCUUCGCUCCUCUGGCACCCAUGUCCAUGCCUGCUAACCUGUUCGUGCCUAGCUCAGCUCCUGACUAUCAACAGCCUCUGGAGGGCAGUGAAGGAGGACAUCAAGAGCAGAACUCGCCAAACACCAACGCUGCUCCACAGAUGUUCAACCCCACGUUGUUACCCCCCGCUCCAGAAGGUCAUCCUGUGCCUGACGGCUCUCAGUCCGGGGAGCUCUCACGUUCUAGCUCAAUGAGUUCUUUAUCACGCGAAAGCCCCCCUGCCCCCGGACCUCCACCUGCGGGAGGUGUCACCUUUUAUAACCCUGCACAGUUUACACAGACGAGUGCACCGUCGGGAGGUGGACACCGCCCCGGGCGUUUGGGCGGACAGCGGCAGUACCCAGUUUCAAAAUAACCCCCCCCCCCUGCAGAGGGAUUGUGAAAACAGACUUGUUGUUGGAUGGAGUGAAAUCCUCCCUGGAAGUAAUGAAGCACAUGGACCUACUGCUCUCUGCCUAAAGGACCCUUCCUACUGCUGUAAGAACAUUUCUUACACGGCCCGCAACGAAGAAGAGCAUAUUCAGUCUCCAUCUAUCGUUAACCACUCCUCCUUCAGUUCAGUAAUCGUCACUGGUGAAUUUUAAACAGGCUUGUGAAGGGGGAUUUCUUCCUGCGUCCACACAGGAAACAGACCGUUAGAUUUUAGGCUUGUACCAUGGAUGCUUUCAUACAAAAACAGAAAAAAUCCACAUGUUGCUCCCCUCAGAUCUAACACUGUUAACAGAAUGAUCAACACAUGUUUUGGUUUUCCUCUUUGUGUCUGAAGUCCAAAUGUUUGAUUGCUUGUAUGUGUGAUGGAUAAAAAGAACGACAGUGGCACCUUUUUUAAUUUCAGACUGUGGACUCAUUCUGUCUGGCGUCCCUUUUCAGUUAUUCAGAGUUUCAGAUAUUUAUUUAAAUGUCCUCCUGCCCAUAAUUGACUCUUGACUUUUAAGAUGUGUCUGGGUCUUUCGUCCAAGAAAGGCUGCAGUUUGACGAUAUCACCGAAAAGAGGGCUUUUCAGAACAGCUGGAAUUGGAAUUAAAACUGUUUUAAAUGUUGCUUAAAAGAAAUCUAUCCAAAUAUUUGUAUAUCAGAUUGAUUGUAUUUAUGAGCUGUAGGCGCAAGUGUGUGUGUGUGUGUGUGUGUGUGUGUACUAAUUUUUUCUGAUUAGCUUUGAAGAAAUGCAUUUAUGAUUCACCAGAGAUGAUCGUUUGUAUCGGCCGCUUCUGCAGACAAAUAAAUCUUUAUCUAAAUUGUGAAAAGAGUUACUUGUACUCAAAUACUUCCUUGUCAUUUUAAAUUUACAGAUGUGAUUUUUAAUUUGAAUAGUUACAUCCCAAAUGUUUGAUUUAAUGAUUUUGUAGACAUCCAGUUAUGAUUUUUUUUAAACUUCCCCUUUUGUUUCAAGGGAAAUCGUUUUUUCCCCGUUGUUUAGAAUGUGUCUUUGACAUAAAACAGUGAAAACAAAAUGGUAAUAAAGUUAUUUUUGAGCUCUGUAGCACUUUGAAA